UUUGCUUCCUUGUUUCUGAUCGAGUUUCAUAUCGGUUUCGACUUUUCUCUUUGCUUUUAUCAUGAAUGAGUUACUUAGUAGUAUAGAAGAGCUAGAAGGUACGCUUCUGUGGCUAUGGCUGCAAAAAAAUUGGAAACUGCUUCAGGAAAUUCAAUAAACAGCCUACCAAAUGAGGUUCUAGGUCAGAUCUUAUCCUUGCUCCCUACGAAAACUGUUGUUUCCACAUCAGUUCUCUCAAGGCGUUGGAGGAGUCUGUUGUAUCUUGUUCACAGCCUUGAAUUUGAUGAGUCCAUGUUCCCAAACAUCAAGACAGACAAAGUUGCUACUGACUGGUCUUAUCCCCUAAGCUUAUAUAAUAUCAUUGAUAAAACCCUUUUCAUGCUAAGCCCUUGUCCCAUCAAGAAGUUCACUUUGAAAUAUGAUAGUACUCUAUUAAAGGAGCCUCGCGCAAACCAUCUGAUUCACAACGCGUUGAGACGUGGAGUCUUGGAACUACAUCUGUCUUCAUCAAAGUUUCAUUGUCUAGAGCCUGAGUUCUUCAUCAGCAAGACACUGGUGAAACUCACUCUAUCUGAUGGACAUUUUCACCAACCAUCGUCCUCCUCCAGGGGAAGAUGUUCUUUUCCCUGCACUCAAAACUCUCUCUUUGUUUUUAGUGUGUUUCUUGUUUUUUGAAGAGUCUGGUUUGUAUCAGUGCCUCCUUGCUAGCCCUUUGCUUGAGGAAGUCAACAUAGGUGAUGAUGAUCCUCUUAGACCACGUUUCUAUCCGGCUUAUUGUGUCAAAAAUGUUUGGGGUUCAUCCAUACAGAGGAUAUCUAUUUGUUGGUUUUAUGAUAGAAGACAACACUCAUGCUUUUCCAUUAACACGCCCAAUCUUGUGUCCCUCGACUUAUCUAGUUAUGUCGGACAAGAUUAUGUUGUUCAGUUUGAUUCGCUUGUCGAAUGUAGACUGAAUCUUCGAUUAUGGAAGUAUCUAGAAGAUGUACAUUUGAGAUAUGAUCGUUCAAAGCAUGAUGGUUAUUGGGGAGAUGCAACCAAGCUCAUUGUAGCUAUAAGGAAUGUUGUGACCCUUCAUUUGUCUGCUGAUUCUCUUGAGGUGUUUCACUUUUGCUGUAAGUCUACGCCCGAAUUCAAAAACCUCGUUAAGUUAUCGUUUGAGAGCCAUAAGGAACGCGGUUGGCAAGUGUUGCCACUUCUGCUCAAGAAAUCUCCAAAUCUAGAAACUCUAGUCAUCAAGGGUCUUGUUCAUGAGAUCACAAAUGAGUGUGGGGAUGCAUGUGUUUGUGUUCAUGAGGAGCAGAAGAAGAAUGAGAACUGUCUAUUGUCGUGUCGAGUGAAGGUGCUAAAGAUAUAUGGAUAUGGAGGAACUAAUAGAGAAGUGAAACAAAUGAGACAUUUCAUUGAGAAUUUGAAGUGUCUUGAAGUGGUCAAAGUUAAGGUUCAAGUGGAUGAGCAAGAUUAUAAGUACUUACCACCCACCAGUGAACUAAUGAAGCUUAUUCCUGCAGCUUCUUCGAAGUGUAAGAUCCAAUUUAUUUAAUUAUCUUAUCAUCAGUUUCUUUCUUUUGUCUCUCUUUCUACUCUUAUGUAUUAGAUUUAUAAUUUAGAGUUGAUGCUACCACUUUGUUU